AUGCCGUCUCCGUAUUCGUCCGAAAAUCUCUUCUCGCGUAUUACUAUUGCAUCAAGUGGCGAUGGCCGAACACCAUCCAAUUGUGCUUUUCUCCCUUCUUUUCUCCCUCCUAAUCUCGAAAUUUUCUUGUGUGUCGAAAGCCGUCUAGGCCAGAAUUGGACUGUCACUAAGAUUGAACGCGACUUCGCAAAACGGCAGAAGCAGAAGCAGAAUGUCUACGCCGAGGUUCAAAUGCUGAUGUCUCUGAAUGCUAAUGGAUCGUCUGCAUCGGGUUUGUUUCCGUAUUCUGGAUGUAGCAAGCUCAGCUGCUUCAUGUGCAAUAGCUUUAUUGAGUCGUAUGGGCAGUUCACGACAAGAGGGUGCCAUGGACGCCUCUUCAAAACAUGGACCGUGGCAAGUGUAGAUCGACUUCUGCCUGGUCAGGCCAAUCGGACAGCAAAGGCUCUCGUAUUAGUGCAAAAGGGGGUUGAGAAGAAAUUGAAGGCCUCAGUCGAGGGCCAUAUUCGGCACGAACGAACUUCGGGCAUUGGAGAAAGCAGUGUCUCAGGUGGUCGGCAGGAGGAGCGCUCACAGAGACAGUUGCAGAUGGACCGGCUAAGGAUGAAAGUAGAACGCGACAGGGCUGCAGAAAUGUUCAGAAGGGAGCUACGAUCCAGAAUCCCACUCCUAGAGAGCUUUUUAUCUGUGCCGUCGGCCGGUCCCCGUCCGUUUGUAUGGGACCUGAAGCAGUUUCUUGAAAUCAAUGAUCCGAUGGACCAUCCGCCCAUUCUAUCGGUCAACAUUGACUAUGAGGUUGUCAAAUGCCGCAGUUUUGAGGACACUUGUACACUGAUGGAAAUUUACGGACAGGUUCUGAACACCGCCAACCCACUGGAACUCCGCCAGGCGUAA